AUGUUGAGGUAUAGAAGGUCUCCGGUGGUAGUGUUCAUCUGUUCCAUCACAAUAUCCUUCUAUUUGAUUUUGCUUCUGUCUUCGGCGGAAAAGUUGCAUGCCGCUCGUUCGGUUUUGAUGAUUGAGGAUGAGAGUGGAGCUAAUUAUUUGCAGGCCAUCUGGGAAUCAUCGAAGGCGUUGGUGGUUGGUGAUGAUGGUGAGUUUCGACAAAGUGAUUCGAACAAAUAUUUACCGACAGUGGUAUCCCCCCGAAAUUAUUUAGUGCGUGAUGAUAUAUUGUCGGUGGUGCCCGAUAAGACUUUAAAUCCCGAGACCAUUGCAUCGUUUUAUAUGAAUUGGCGGUUCCAAACCAAGGUGGAGUAUCGAAUGCCAUACAGACUAGUCAAGAACUUUUUGGCCAGAGCUAGUAAUGCGGCGCAGAAGAUCGAUGUGUUGUCUGCGUUAUUUAGCUCGAAGACAGGGGACAUUCGUGACAGGAAAGGCAGUAUUAUCAGCAAGGGUUAUUAUAAAGAUGACAAUGGCAAAAAUAACAACAGUAGUAGCCUCGCUACUGAAUUUCUAUUAAAGACAUAUGAUUACGAUCCUCGAUUAACAAUGGCGGUUUACAGUGAUACAAUAACCAACCGUUUGAAAAAUGGGAUACCGUUGCCAGAUAUUUAUGUACCGUUUAGCUGGUAUGACUGGGCAGAUCUUUCGAUCUUAAAUGAUUUCAUUGAUCUUCCUCAGAACGAGAAGCCGAAUCAUACAUGGGUUGUGAAUGAUUACUUUUCGGUAGAACAGCUUUUCCACUAUGAGCAAAAGUUUGGGCGCAGGUUAUUUGAUCAAGAUCGUAAUAGGGGUCUCGCUUGCUACCAUUUUAAUAAAAAUAGUGGAAGUGUAUUAUUAAAUCAUGUGGAUAAUGUUGCUGGUAAUUAUUGCGAAACAAGCCAGAAUCCACUUUUGCCGGGAUUUCAAUGCUUUUCUAUACUCCCCACGGCGAGACCAGAAGUGUAUCGGUUGCAGGCUAGAUCCAAACUUUAUUCGGAUGGUCCGAUACCCGUAUCCCUUGUAUUCUUGAACCGGAACGGCCCUGCUAUUCAAGUGCAAGUUAACAAUUCUUCGCCAUUGCACGAAGACGGUACGCCAAGAAAUCUAUUGUUUAAUGGUUUGCUAGAAGAAUACUUCAAACGCCAAAUUAAACAGUAUCCAAAUAUUCCAGAUGGAGACUUCACCUUUGACCAUCUUGAGCCAUUUGUAGAUAUGAUUUCGAAUAACACCAAGAAGUACUCGGAGGAGCCAUUAAAAUCGCCGGAAUACCGGUUAGAGCUCGAUCCCUCUGACUUUGAGUUUAAUGCUGUCGAAAAGGUGCGCGAAUUAGAGGCGAAUUAUGAAAAGCUAAACCAACACCAAAGGAAUUAUCUAGCCUCCUUAAGGAAUUCACUACACAUACAUUUUGCUGAUUGUGAGAAGUUUUUCAGAGAGGCCAGAGACAGUACCAACUAUGUGCAUCUUGGGCAUCAUUUUGAUGCUCGUUUUUUCCAUGGAAUAGUAGAAGACACCGAAAUGCGGGCUCGUUUGGAUGCGAUUGUCCGGGCAUGGCUGUCAUUCACUAUGAAUAAUAAUUUAACCUCAUGGCUAUCUCAUGGAACUUUGUACGGUUGGCUAUAUAACGGGUUAGCGUUCCCAUGGGAUCGAGAUCAUGAUAUGCAGAUGCCAAUCACGCAUCUAAACAAACUUGCAGAGUUUUAUAAUCAAUCAGUAGUGGUUGAGGAUCCUCGAUUCGGCAAUUCCAGAUAUUUUAUCGAUGUCACUUCAUCCAUAACCUCACGAGUGCAUGGAAAUGAUAGAAACAACAUAGAUGCAAGAUUCAUCGACGUUGAUUCGGGUCUUUAUAUUGAUAUUACGGGAUUAAGUGUAUCAAGUGAGGCUAUAGAUGACGAUUUCAACUGGUUGGCUGAAAAGUUCAGACGAGAAUACAAUGCAUCCACCCCUUUUUAUUCUGAUCCAAGUUUCAUGCCUGGAAUUACGAAUUUAACCCCUCUCCAGUUGUUAGAGAAGGAGAUGAAGGAGCAAGGUGGCAACGUCAGCCUGGAUCGCUAUGAAUUUCUAACCAAUCUAGAUGAAGAAAUUAAUAGCUCCAGUGGUGUUUAUGAAGACUUAACGAUUGAACAACGCUAUAGUCUUAAUAAAAACAUUCAAGUUUACAAUUGUAGGAACAGACAUUUUAAUACCUUUUGGGAGCUUUCACCUUUGAGGUUGACGCUUUUCCACGGUAUGCCUGCAUACGUACCAAAUAUGCCUGUCAAGAUUCUAAAAUCUGAGUACCGUGUUCCUAAAGAAUACGGAGCAUUGGAUUUCGAAGGUAAAGAAUUCAUACCAGAAUUGAGAUUAUGGCUUGAUUCUGAGGAGGUGAACAGAGCUACUAAUUUCGAUGGCACGUCAUCGAAUGCACAACACUGUAUUCCACGUACGCAUCUAGGUAAGCUCUCACACCUGGAAUUCAAAGAGGUAUUACAAAACAUAGCAUCCCUUCCUGAACUUGAGGAUAUACUGAGUGUAAUAUGGAAUACAAAUAAACUUACUGCAAUUAGGCAGAAGGAAAUAGAGUUGAUGUACGAUGAUAAUUUGGACGGAAAGAAAAAGGCUGAUAUGUUGGCUCGCUUUCAAAACCUGUUUGAAUUUGGGGUAUACAAAGACGUUUUUCAGGAAAGGAUGGAAAGGAAUAUUUGGACUCAUAUGUUACUUCAUAGUGAAGUACCAUUUCAUGAAAUCUUAAAAUCCAUAAUGUCUCGGAAAGAAGACCUGUUCCAUGAAUUGUUCCGCUGGAAUUCGCAUUUUGCGUCCAGAGAAGUUAAUUGGAACUUGAACGGCACUGACGAAUCUGAAGAUCAAUCUACAUCUGACAUAAACCUUAAUUCUUUUGGGAAACAAUUCUUCAUUAUGGGUCACUUGCAAUAUAACGGGAUUUUCGACGCUGAUGCGAUAGAUAAGGGGCAAUCUCUCGAAGAGGUGUAUCAUACGGAAGAUGAAAAUAAAUAUAAAGAGCUCUACCAAUCUAGGGUUCUGAAUGAAGAAAAGCAGCGUAUGGAGCAAGAAGAGAAACUUUUAAAGGAAGAGGAGCGCAAGAAGAAGGAAGAAGAAGCUCAGAAGAUGAAGGAAGAAUAUAAUCGUCAAAAGGAAGCACAACUGCAAUUAAAGCAGAAAGAGUUAGAAUCAAAGGAAGAUGAUCUUAGAAAGAAGGAAAGUGACUUACGUAUGAAAGAGGAACAUGAGAAGAUAAAGCAGGAGGAGCUGAGGAAGAAAGAGAAAGAGUUGGAUGUUAAAGAGGAGCAGGUGAAGGAAUAG